GGGCUGUGUCAUUGAAAUGCUAAAAAUUCUACCUAUUCUUGUUGGGCUUUGCCUGGGCGUCAACUGUGCAACGAACUACUGCCAGUACGGCUGCAACAGACUCCAGAACAUUGGCUGCAAUCACAGCGGGCACUGGGCAGCGUCAUGCCCAAGGGACAGUGCUUUGGUCGCCUUUUCGCCGGCCGAGAAGCAAGCGAUUUUGAACUAUCAUAAUCAGGACCGGAACAUCAUUGCCAGCGGCAGUGACAAUAGACUGCCACCGGCUUGUCGGAUGGCCACCAUGAAGUGGGACGACGAGCUAGCCUAUCUGGCGUCCCUGAACGUCCGGAGCUGUAAAAUGGCCCAUGACAAAUGCCACAACACGCCAGCCUUUCAGCACUCCGGCCAGAACUUGGCCUGGGUCAGCUAUAACAGAGUGCUGAAUGUAACGGACAGAGUUUCAGCGUGCUUAAAAAUGUGGUACAAAGAACUGUCCAGGGUCAACAAGGGCAUCAUUACGUCCUUUCCCUCUAAUUACAAAGGACCGGCCAUUGGCCAUGUCACUCUCAUGGCCGCCGAUCGCAAUACGCACGUUGGCUGCGCCGCCGCCACCUAUUCGUCCACAGGUAACCACCACUACAAGGUCUUCCUCAUGGCUUGCAACUAUGCCACCAACAAUCUUCAUAAUGUCAAGGUAUACGACGCCUGCCCUAAGCCGGCAAGCAAAUGCACCACCGGAGUCAAUCCCGAGUAUAAAUUCUUAUGCAGCCCCAAAGAAGCCUACGAAGUAAACAAUAUUAAGUUUGGUUAAUUGUAUAAGUUUUAAAUUGAGUG